GCAACAUUUCAUUCUCAACAUUUUUCAAUCAGCUGGCCCUAAAUAAACAGUAAACAAAUCGAGGUGUUUGCAAAAAAAUGCACUUUCUGUUAGAAAUUUGUGUGGACACAUACGGAUCGGCCGUUGCCGCGAUUCAAGGAGGUGCGGAUAGGCUAGAACUCUGUUCGGCACUCAGUGAAGGUGGACUAACACCAACGGUUGGACUGUUGCGGCAAAUCAAACAAUACCUAUCCGAGCAUGAUCCGCCAAAGACCAUUCCGGUAUACUGUAUGAUUCGCUGCAGAAGAGGCAGUGAUUUUAGUUACUCCGAGCAGGAAAUGAACGUGAUGUUAUGGGAUUUACAAUUGCUCGCACAACACGGUGCCGAUGGGUUCGUGUUCGGGGCACUGGAAUCAUCAUCCGGAAAGGUACAUCUAGAACAUUGCGGACAAAUUGUGGCUGCGGCUGGAAAGCUUCCACUAACAUUCCACCGAGCUAUCGACUGUACGGAUGAACAACGACUCGAGGAGAAUCUUAAUCUUGUAGCGCAGUUAGGAUUUUCGACUGUCCUCACAAGUGGCUUAAAACCAACGGCUGAACAAGGGAUUGACACGAUCGCGAAAAUGAAGGCUAUAGCCACAGAUAUAGAGAAGGUUACUGGUAAAUCCCUUCGGUUAAUGCCUGGCUCUGGGAUAUCGUCAGAAAAUGCAUUGAAAGUAAUACAACGAACCGGAUGCGACGCAAUUCACGGAUCAGCCAGCGUUGUGAAAUCAUCGGAUAAUGAAACCAGAACACUGCCGAUGGGAGCAAGCAAUGUCGAUGCUUUACCCUUGAAGGUGUGCAGUACCGCAAAAGUGCAAGAGUUACGCCGUUCGAUUGAUAGUAUUGUAAAAAAAUAAAACA